UAAAGUCUAAACUUUCACUCCGUUGGGUUUUCCUGAGAGUUAAAUCUGCUUAUUUGGUUAGUUUGACAGUGCUACUUAAAUUUACUCACGCAAUGGCUUAUGCACAAACUCCUAAGAAGACGGGGCUGCCUCGAGAAGUUCUGGAAUGGUUGCAAAGUCUUGAUUUAUCCUUUUCUCCAAAGAAUGUACGCAGAGACCUUUCCAAUGGCUACCUUGUAGCUGAGAUUUUUUCGUGGUACUAUCCUGAGGAUUUCACCAUGCACUCAUAUGACAACGGGACAUCACUGGCAGCCAAACUCAGCAACUGGGCCCAGAUAGAACGGUUUUUCACGAGACAGCAAAUCCUUUUGCCAAAGGAGGUCAUAGAUGGCACCAUUCACUGCAAGCCAGGAGCUGCAGAGCUUCUUGUGCAGGAGGUCUACUGCAUCUUGACCAACAGACGGUUGAAGACGUGGCUCGGGGGAGAUGUCGACUUCUCUGACCGUGGCUACCAGGAGCAGCUUCCCAUGGUGGCGCGCUCCACCGCCUCCAAGGCCAUCAAGAACAACCUGCGCCAGUCAGAGAUGGUUGCUGAGCCCAACAUCAGCACCAUCCAGGGCAAGAUCCAGGCCAUCGUACAGCGCCACCUAGAGGACAGGAGGCUGGAACGCUUACAGGACCCGAAGCGUUUCGGGGUGAAGCCCACUCUUGGGGAGCGUGCGGCUCGUCUCUCCUCGUCGUCCAGCCGGUCCAUGCAGGGUCCAGACUGCCCUGUCGUCCCACAGCCCGACUCACCAGGCAAGAGCAGAACCAGCGUCCACUUCAAGGAGAUGAACAAUCACCAGUCGCCCAAGUUGGCCGCUUAGCGCUAACUUGAUCCCAGUGAGUGAAGCGAUGAAACAAGCUCAGACUAAUAAAACACUUACACAACCACUA